AUGAAGAUCGUUCUGCAGAUAAUUUUUUCAUUUGUCAUUUUAUGGCCAGCAACACUUUCUCAAAAUUACUACGUUCCAGUUCAAGAAAAUGAGUUGACUUACGAAUUUCAUUACAGUAUCAAUGACUUGCUCUCAGGUGUUGUAACACAUCGCUGGGAAUCGAAGUACGGUGAUUACGUAAGAGGGUCGUACAGUUUUCUAGAGCCUAAUGGUAUGAUAAUAAAUGUGAACUACGAAGUCGAUGGAAAACGUGGCUACAGAGCAGUAACGAAAUUUUUGAAACCACAACAAAUGACUAAAUUCAACGCAUUACAAUCUUCCGAAGUACCAACUAAAUAA